AUGAUAGUUUCAGUGUUUCAAAGAGGUCACUUUCCUAAACUUCUUUUUACCAAAUUUUUGCGCUCCUCAUUUUCAACAUCAACUUCAUACCAUAUGACUACUGAAUUAAAUCGGCCGUUGCAAGUGCCAGAAAUUUCUAACAAAAGAGCAAGAAAACUUUCAAAAAGACGUGCUAAAAAGCCUGUCGUAGAAGGAAGUGCUGGCCAUGUAUUGCAAUUAGACAUUGAGAAUCUCUUGGAGCAUCAACCUUUGGCGAAUAUACCCUUUGAAAGAUUUCAAGAAAUAGAAGUAGAUAUAGUGUAUUUGAGUUCCUCAGGAGAUGGAAUUGGCUUAGUUUUGGACGGUCGUUACGCUGUCGUUGUACCCUUUUCACUACCCGGAGAUAAAGUGAAAGCUAAAUUGCACUUUUUAGCAGAUACAUAUGCUCUGGCUGAUUUUCUAGGAGUGUUAACACCUUCCAAAGAUAGAGAUGACUCCCUAAUUGGAUGUAAAUAUUUUGGAAAAUGCGGAGGUUGUCAAUACCAAAUGCUUCCCUAUGAGAAGCAACUUGAGCAGAAGAAAAAGGUAAUCGAAAAGGCCUUUCGGUAUUUUUCAAAGUUGGACCCUUCAAAGCUUCCACAGGUUGAAAAUACGAUAGGAAGCCCUUUGGAGUAUAACUACAGAACUAAAAUCACUCCUCAUUUUGACGUUCCUAAAGGCGGUACGAGUGGACCAUUGACCAUUGGUUUUCAAGAGAAAGGUAGAAGACGAGUAUUGGAUAUUGAAGAGUGUCCAAUAGCUACGAAGCAAAUAAAUGAAUCAUAUCCAAAGAUAAUUGGCGAGGUACAAGAUCGUGCAUCUACAUACAAGCGAGGAGCCACAAUUCUCAUGCGUGAUUCCAUGAACAGCAAUGGGGAACAUUCGGUCAUCACUGACCACAAAGCUAUUGUUACUGAGUCAUUUGGAGAUUUCAAGUUCGUGUUCCCAGCAGGUGCAUUUUUUCAAAAUAAUAACUCAAUUUUGCCUGACUUUACUGGUUAUGUUAGAAAACAGUUGCUGAAUCCCUUCAAACAUGAAAACUUUCAAAAGCCGAAGUACUUUGUUGAUGCUUACUGUGGAUCAGGAUUGUUUAGUAUCGCUUGCUCGGAAGGAUUUGAAUCUGUAAUCGGUGUUGAAAUUUCUGCUGACAGUGUACAUUAUGCAAAGGAAAAUGCUCAGCGAAAUAACGUUUCUAAUACAAACUUCAUUGUUGGAGAAGCAGAAAAGAUAUUUUCAAGCAUUAAAACGCCCUCUGCGGAGACUGCGAUGGUAAUUGAUCCUCCUAGAAAGGGGUGUGACCAAGUUUUUUUGAACCAAUUGUUAGAGUAUGGACCAUCCCGUGCUGUUUACAUUUCCUGUAACGUUCAUACCCAAGCUCGAGAUGUCGGGUAUAUCCUGCAUCAUGAACUUGGUAAAAACUAUAAAAUCGACGAAAUUCGUGGUUUUGAUUUGUUCCCACAAUCCCAUCAUGUCGAAAGCAUUUUGACUUUGACAAAACUCAACUAUUGA